AUGACUGUCAAGCAGAAAGUACUGCUCCUCGGAGCGACGGGUGAGACUGGCAGCUCUAUCCUGGAUGGGCUGCAAGAGUGUGGCCAUUUCGAUGUGGAGCUUUUAGUACGACCCGCUUCUGCCAAAAAGCCGGCGGUCCAAAAGCUCCAAGAGCAAGGCAUCCCGAUUCAAUCCAUAGACCUUGACGACAGUAGCGCGCUUGUGUCUGCUCUGACUGGUGUCGACAUUCUCAUCAGUGCUAUUGGGCCCAAUGACUUGCUCCAACAGAAGAGGCUACUCCAAGCCGCGAAGCUUACGGGUGUCAAAAGAGUGGUUCCCUGCGCUUUCAUCACCGUCGCGCCUCCAAACGGCGCUAUGCUUCUCCGUGAUGAGAAAGAAGAAAUAUACAAUGCCAUCAAGUUCUUGGGUAUUCCGUAUACCGUGAUCGAUGUUGGCUAUUGGUAUCAAAUCUCAUUCCCGACUCUCCCGUCGGGCAAAGUGGAUUACGCCCAAAUCGCUCCAUUGAAGACAAUUCAUGGGGACGGGACAGCUCCUAAUCUGCUUACCGACCUACGUGAUAUCGGGCGAUUUGUCGCGCGAAUCGUUCUCGAUAACAGAACUCUUAACAGAUAUGUUUACACGUUUGGAGAGGUACUCUCCGAGAACGAAAUCUACCGGAUCGCGGAGGAGAUUUCUGGGGAGAAGCUGGAACCGACUCGGGUAUCGAAUGAAGACAUCGAAGCAAGCGUGAAGCAAGCCAAAGCUGCUCUCGGUGAGGAUCCCCGUGAUCCCAUGAAGCGCAGGAGCCUUUUCAUAGCCCAAUAUCAGCAUAGCAAGUACGUGCGUCGGGACAACACUCCCGACUAUGCCGACUAUCUGGGUUAUAUCAAUGCGAGAGAGCUCUAUCCGGACUUUCAACCAGUGACCUUCCGUGAUUUCUUCGCCGAGGUACUGGCUGGAAAGGGGAGGAAAAUGUAUCCAUAG